CUGAGCGGUAAAUUUAGCCCUAGGUCAUCGCCCCAUCGCGUUCGCGACGGCCUUCACCGCCGCCGGCACCUCCUCAUGCCCGUCGAGCAGCUCGAAGGCCGGCGCCGCCCAGCCGCGCGCCACGAGCUUCGCCAGCUUCAUGUCGCCCGUGACGCCGUAGACGGGCACGAGGCCGCCGGCGCAGCGGCCCAGGUCCCGCAGGUACUGCUCGAGCAGAGGCACCGCCACCGCCGCGCCGAGCGCCUCGAACUGCCGGAGCGGCUCGAUCAACAAAAUGGCGCCGUAGGUCGCGUCGGCGCUCGCCUUCGGGAGGCUCCGCACGGCCUUGAUGUUGGCCCCAAAGCUCUCGUGGCAGCGGAUCCACCGCGUCGACGCCGCGGCCGCGGCGGCCGUCCGCGAGUGCUCCUCGAGCUGGACGCACUCGAGCACGAUGAUGCCGUCGCCGCGCGGCAGCGGCGGUGCCGCGGGCUUGCGGCGCGACGCGAGGAUCGAGGCGACGACGACGACGAGCGCCACCAACACACCGAUUGUGGUGGCGUCGAUGAAGGGGCGGCCGUCCAUUGUUUACGGUGCGCUUUUGCAAGCGGCGCCGCGUCAGUAGUGGUGGUGGGCUUGCUGUGGCAGGCUGGGUGCUUGCAGAUGUGCCUUGCGUACGGAGUUACGCUAUAUCGUUGCACGGCUAUUGCAAAUGGAUUUGAAACGCACGUCUCCCGGCUUAAGCGUGGCUUAGGGGCUUCGGAUGGGACAAUUGCCAGGCAUCAAGAGUCU